UUUCGGACCAACCCAAAUAACCGUAACGACCGCCAAACGGAGAGGCUCACUGUUCUCUCCGAUUCCGAUUGCGAUUGCGAUUGCUGCUCCGAUCCUGCACCUCAAACCCUAGAUUCCCUCUAGUCUAGGGUUCCCACAACGAUGCCUUCGUCCCCCAAGUUCUUCCACGCCCGCCAACCCCCCUCCGGUCGCCGAUCGACGGUCCUGAUCAUCUGCUUCUGCCUCGUCUUCGGCCUCUCCGGCUUCGUCUUCGGCCUCGUCGCGCUCCACAGCAGCCAGUACAACUGCCUCACCACCCACUCCAGAUCGGUGAGGGUCGUCUGGGAGCGAAUUGGCAGCACCACCAGAACCAGCCAAAACGGCCUCGUUUUCAGCGACGGAGAUGCAAAUAGCGGCAGGCAUAAAGUCAUGGGCUUCGUCGGCAUUCAGACCGGCUUCGGAUCCGUCGGCCGGAGAGAGUCCCUCCGGAAGACUUGGAUGCCGUCCGAUGCCCAGGGCCUUCAACGAUUGGAAGAAGCCACUGGUUUGGCUUUUAGGUUCAUCAUUGGUAAAAGCAAGGACAAAGCACAGAUGUUGGAGCUGGGAAAAGAAGUGGCGAAAUACGACGAUUUCUUGCUGUUGGAUAUUGAAGAGGAGUACAGUAAGCUCCCCUACAAAACAUUGGCUUUCUUCAAAGCUGCCUAUGCGCUUUUUGAUUCCGACUUCUAUGUUAAAGCUGACGACGACAUUUACUUGAGGCCAGAUCGCCUUUCGACGCUCUUGGCAAAAGAGCGCUCUCACUCUCAGACUUACCUUGGAUGCAUGAAAAAGGGCCCAGUCUUCACCGACCCAAAGCUUAAAUGGUUUGAGCCACUAGCGUAUUUGCUAGGGAGUGAAUACUUUCUCCAUGCCUAUGGUCCAAUCUAUGCUCUUUCUGCCGAUGUUGUUGCAAGUUUGGUUGCUCUUAGGAAUAACAGUUUCCGGAUGUUUAGCAAUGAGGAUGUCACAAUUGGUGCAUGGAUGCUUGCAAUGAACGUCAACCAUGAGAACAAUCAAGCACUAUGCUCACCAGAAUGUACAUCAUCAUCUAUUGCUGUGUGGGAUAUUCCUAAGUGCUCAGGGCUCUGCAAUCCAGAAAAGAAACUGUUAGAACUACAUCAAAAGGACAGCUGUACAAAAAGUCCAACGAUGGAAUCUGAUGAUGAUUAGCAGUCCUGCAUCUGUUUGCUCAUGGAGUGGAUCAACUAAGGAGUUAAUUUUGGUGGAUGCCCAUCCCAAUAUUUCAUGAUGAGUUUUGUUCUUAUGAGUUCGUCCUAUAUUUUGAUCGGCCCACGCAGUACGAUGGAAAAACAGAACUUUAUAGGCCUUUUGUUUAGGGUGAAGGAUAUAAAGAGAGGAAAGUGUGGAAAAAGGGUAGGGGUCACAGUUACAGGAUUUUUAGGAACAAAAGUAGUUAUUAGUGUUGUAAUGUAAUCAUUCAUCUUGAUUUUUUUAAUGAAAUAUCGUUCAUU